UUCAAUGAAGGAGGACCAAUUGGCAAGCAGAUGUUAAAUAUUGCGAAGUUACGAAACGGCUGAAAAAAAUCCCGAUUUAUUCAAUAAUUGAAAACCUGAAGAGAAGAAAUGGCUAUGAUUCGAGCGCUUGGACAGACAGUGAAAGCUGUGGAAGCGAAGGUUUUGAUGCCAGCACAGAUUGCGGCUGCUUAUCACAAAAAUGUCAUUGAUCACUAUGAGAACCCAAGGAACGUUGGCUCAAUGGACAAGAAUGACUCCACAGUAGGCACUGGAUUAGUUGGAGCUCCUGCAUGUGGAGAUGUCAUGAAAUUGCAGAUCAAGGUUGAUGAAAAUGGCAAGAUCAUAGAUGCAAAAUUCAAGACAUUUGGAUGUGGUUCAGCUAUUGCAUCGAGUUCUCUCGCUACAGAGUGGAUCAAGGGCAAAACGUUGCAAGAGGCAGGGACUAUCAAAAACACUGAGAUUGCCAAGGAACUGAGCUUGCCACCAGUAAAACUGCAUUGUUCCAUGUUGGCUGAAGAUGCGAUCCAAGCAGCCCUAAAAGAUUACCAGGUGAAGAAGGACAACAAUCCACCGGAGGCUGCUGCAAGUAGCAAUUAGCUGCAAGCGGGACUUGUUGGACUGGACAAUCUUUUCAGACUACCAAUAAUAGUUAAAAGCUACAAUGCUCAGCAAUAAGCUCCAAUGCUCAUCAAUAUUCCCAGUCUGCAAAGACUGGGAAUAUUGCUGAGCAUUGGAGCUUUUAACUUCUGCACGUCAAGAGUCUGAUUGAUCGUGAUACAUGUAGUCUUAUGCUUGUAGAAAGCUUUUACAUGUAAAUAAUUGGUUCUGGAAACCACUUGCUCAUAAAAGUCUGAGUCACAUGUCACAUCGGUGUGUAGGCAGGCUGUGGGAAAUCAAACAGAGGGAUGUGAAGGCAUCCCUGAUUAAAAAGACUUUCUAUGUAAUGCUGUAUUUUCUUGGUUGGCAGUAUUGUAAAUGUGAUACGUAAACAAGUUCUUCUUCAAGCAUUGAAGAACAUCCCAUUGGUUUUAAAGUGCACCCCAUUGUAUUGGUUAAAAUACACCCCAUUGGUUAAAUUGUGUCUGUUGUUUAUUUUAAUUCAGGGUGUAACUAUGGUUUGCACUGGUUUUAGUAUUUUGUACAUGUACAUACUGAAGUUUGAACUAAGGAUGGUUUCCUCGAUAAUGGAUGCAUUGAAUCAUUCUUGUACAGCAUGUAAAUGUAGAAAAUUAAUCAAGGCAUCGGCCAACCUUGGUGAUGAGAGAUUGCUCAAAUGCUGUGAAAGUAUGUAAUGGUACAUUGUAAUUCUGGGCUAAUGGCCACAAAUUUUAGCAGGGUAUUACUUUUCAAUGAGAUCAGGGAGGACUCUUUAGCAUUGUUAUGAAUGAAUCCAUCUAUUUCUUACAUCUGCAAAGGUUCAGUUGUCUGCGAAAAAAACAAACGGUAAAUGUGUUGUACAGCCAUGUGUAGAAUUUGUAAAUAAACUCUGAACAAAACCAA